UACAACUGCAACCCCAACAACAACCACAACAACUGCAGUCCCAACAACAACUACUACUGCUGCACCAACAACAACCACAACAGCAGCCCCAACAACAACUACAACAACUGCCCCCACAACAACAACUACAGCUGCCCCAACAACGACCACAACAACUGCCCCAACAACCACAACAGCUGCCCCAACAACCACAACAGCUGCCCCAACAACAACCACAACAGCUGCCCCAACAACAACUACAGCGGCCCCAACAACAACCACAACAACCACAACAGCUGCCCCAACAACAACAACAACCACAACAACUGCCCCAACAACAACAACCACAACAACUGCCCCAACAACAACAACCACAACAGCUGCCCCAACAACAACUACAGCAGCCCCAACAACAACCACAACAACCACAACAGCUGCCCCAACAACAACAACAUCAACUGCAGCCCCAACAACAACUACAGCUGCCCCAACAACGACCACAACAACUGCCCCAACAACAACAACCACAACUGCUGCCCCAACAACAACCACAACAACUGCCCCAACAACAACAACCACAACUGCUGCACCAACAACUACAACUGCAACCCCAACAACAACCACAACAACUGCAGUCCCAACAACAACUACUACUGCUGCACCAACAACAACCACUACAGCAGCCCCAACAACCACAACAGCUGCCCCAACAACCACAACAGCUGCCCCAACAACAACCAGAACAACUGCCCCAACAACAACUACAGCGGCCCCAACAACAACCACAACAACCACAACAGCUGCCCCAACAACAACCACAACAGCUUCCCCAACAACAACCACAACAACUGCCCCAACAACAACAACCACAACUGCCCCAACAACAACCACAACAACUGCCCCAACAAC